AUGCAGGAGCCGCCCGCCGACCCCGACACGCCGCGCCGGCCGCGCGCCGUCCGCCAAGCCAGCGGCGCGCUCGCGUCGCCGCCGCUCGCCGCGGGCGGCGCGCUGACAGCGGCGGAUUUUGACGGGGACCUCUGCAGCCCCAUGUGGCGCCGCCACGGCGCACUGCCGCCAGGCGAGUGUGGCGGCGCCGGCGCCAGCCGUCCUGAGGUUGGCAGCACGGGCGGCAGCCGCGGCGGCGAUGGCCUGACGUGCUUCACGGUGCACCGCUGCUCCGCGCCGCUGGAGCCGUCCCCAUGGGUGGUCAGCCCGGUGGUGCGCCUGCACCUCGUGAGUGCAGCCACAGGGGAGUACCUGCGGCUGGCAGCGCCCGCGGCCCCCGCGCCGCCUGGAGGGGCUGUGCGGGACAGCUGCGGUGAGGGCAGCCCGGGCACCGGUGGCGGCAUCGGCGGCGGCGGCGGUGGCGGGGGCGGCGCGGCAGCGAAGGGGCUGGCGCUGGAUGCAGAGGCACAGGCGCAAGUAUUGGAGUACCCCGGGCGCCCGGCGCUGGCGACGACAGGCAACAACACCGCCGCCCCCGCGCCGGCCCUUCUCUCUUACCUGCCGCCACUGCAAACCCGCCCCUGCGAUCUCGUGGCGCCGCCCCCCUCGCCGCCACCACCGCCGCCGUCGCCGCUCCGCAGCCCUUCGCAUAGCACCAGCGGUGAGGCCGGUUGCAGCUGCGGCGAGGGCGAGGCGGCGGCCGCCGCGCCUGUGUGGGACGAGGAUCUCGAAUUGGAUGUGGACGCCCAAGUCUUGGCCCAAGGGGACGCCCUGCUGCUGGUAGAGGUCUUGCAGCUUCCCUCCAGCUUCCGCGGCUACAGGCAGCUGCCGCAAAAUUUCAAGGCGGCCGGCGGCGGCGGGGGCGGCGCGCUCGGCAUGGGGGUGGCGUGGGGGUUCCUGCGGCUGAGGGCGCUGGGGCCGGCCGAGGUUGGGCGGGAAGGGCGGCGGCUGGCGCUGCAGCUGUAUCGCUACCACACGCCAGGUGCGCUCGCCGCGCCUGCGCCGUACCCCGACACGCCCGCCAAGGCGGCGUACGUAUCCUGGCGCGCCACACUCGGCAACGCACCGGCCGCCGCCGCGGCGGCCGCCGCCGCUGGCACGCCACCAGAUGCGCCGGGCGGCGCGGGAGCCGCGGCUCCGCUGGCAGCGGCCGUGCUGGCGGCGCGGGGAGACGCGGAGAAGUACCCGGCUGCGCUGAUCUUGACUCUCCUGUCCCGGCCGCGGCCGGCGCCGAUGGUGGUCGUGACGAACGCGGCGGCGGGUGUGCAGCCGGUGCUGCCGGCCGGCUAUGGAAGUGGCUUCGAGAUUGGGCGUCUCCCGCUUGGCCUGCUGCGCCUCCAGCGCCACGCCUCUCAAUCUGCCGGCGGAGCGGACGGCGCGUGCAGCGCGGGCUCGGCCGCAGCCGCGGCCGCGCUGGAGGCGGCGCUGCACCGCCCCUUCACCGUGCCCUGCCAGCUGCCCAAUGCGCCUGCGGCGCGCCCGCGCGGCACAGCAGGCGGCUGUGCGUGCGUCUCGUAUUCGAGAGACGGCCGGUGGCUGGCGGCGGCGUGCGGCAAUGCAGAGGGUGCCACUAUGGUGGUCCUGUAUCACGGCCUGACAGGCCGGCUGACAACUGUCCUGGGGUCACAUGAUGGCCUGGUGUACAGCAUGGCAUGGGCACCUGACGACUCCGCACUAGUCACCGCCAGCGGUGACAUGACUGCCAAGGUCUGGCGGUUGCCACCCUUGGGGCUGUCCGGCAUCUUUCAUUGUGAGGGUGCCGUCGCUGCCUCCACCGGCAUUUUCCUUAGCACUGCUGCCCUGGGUGCAGGCAACAGCAGCGGCCUUUUAGCUACUUGCAGCCUCGGCAGCCCCACUGGCGGCGCAGGCAGCCUCGUGAGCACUUGCCCCCUCGGCAGCGCCAGCGGAGCCCGUGAGUCUCCCGCAUCGCCAGAGGCUCCGGGCGCCGCUGCCGCGUCUACGCUGCAGCACGCGUGCUUUGUGUAUGCCGCCGAGUUCUGCCCCCUGGCAGGCCUGGGGGCCGACGUGGUGGCCACCGCCGGCUUCGACGGCGCUGUUAGGCUAUGGGACGCCCAGAGAGGGCUGUUGCUGUUUGCCACACAGCCGCUGGCAGCGCGCGUGGAGGCGCUGGCGUUUGACUCCCUUGGGUCACGCCUCUACGCCGGCGACGCCGCAGGACUGGUGCAUGAGAUCGCGGUGGACCUGCGGGGAAGCUGCCCCGAGCCCCUGAAGAAGCUGCGCGCGUGCGCACACCUGGCGGGCUCCCCCAUCGCCCAGCUGGCGCCCCACCCGGGUGGCCGCCACCUCGUUGCGCUGAGCAGGUCUGGCAACCUGGCGUCCCUUGACCUCAAGCUCCUGAUCUUGAAUCGUCGUUUUGGAAGCGUGAGGGCGGGCACAGGGCCCCUCAAGGCGGCCAUCAGCCCAGACGGCCGGUAUCUGCUUUGCGGCUCGGAGGACGGCACGGUCACCUGCUGGCUGUUUGAGAGCGGCGCGUCUGCGCGGCUGCCAAACCUUGAGCUGGGCGGCGCGCCCGUGACGGCCCUGGAUUGGAGCAGGUCUUUCCAUGCAGUUGCAGCCUGCUCCCUGAGCUCCUACACGCCUGUCACCGUCUCUUGCUUCGACCCACGCCUGCCGCCCGUCCGGCCCCGCCUGCGCGGCGGCGCACCGGAGACUGCCAACCGCGGCGACGCAAAGACGCAGGACCGUGCCGGCGGCGCCGCGGGCGGCGGCGCGGCGCGCGGGCGCGUGCCGCUGCCGGAGCGGCUGACGCCGGAGCAUGUGCACGCGCUGCUGCGAGAGCUGCGGGACAGUGCGAGGCGGCGGGGCCUUUACAAGGGGCCGGACGAUCCAGACGGCGACCAUCUGGUGGUGCCUGCUGGCUGCGAGGGCCGCGAGCCCGCCGCGGGCCCAGGCGGGGACGCGGGCGUGAGCGCAGGCGCAGCGGGGACAGGCGCCGGCGGCCCGGGCGGCACCAACCGGCGGCGCUACGCCGGGGCGGCGGGCCGGGCCGCCGCGGGGGCGCUGGGCGGCGGGCGUGGCCUGCCCGGCGAGCGUCCGGUCGCCAACUCGCUCGCCACACGGCGGGCCGCUCCGGCGGCUAAAGCUCCGGCUGGCCCAUGCUUGCCAGAGCCAGUGGCGGUGGCUGACGCGGGGUGA